AUGAGCUCCCCAAUCGCGAUCGACUUCUAUGACAUACCGUCCAAGCUCAGAGGUAGUUCAUGGUCGCCAAGCACCUGGAGAAUCAGAUACGCCCUCAACUACAAACAGCUCCCAUACAAAACCACCUGGGUCGAAUACCCCGACAUCGAAAAAACCUGUAAACAGAUUGGUGCCCCGCCCACAUCCAAAAAGCCCGAUGGUAGCCCUGCUUACACAGUUCCCACCAUCUACGAUCCAAAUACCGGCAAAUCCGUCUCUGACUCGCUUAAAAUCAUGGUGUACCUCGAGGAAACGUACCCCAGUUCACCUGAACGUUCCCUCAUUCCACCAGGUACUUGGGGGUUGCAAUUAGCCCUUCUGAGUCUGGGCCCCACGAUCCUUGGGUCAUUUUCUCAAUUUAUAUUGCCCCCUGGGAUAAAGUUCCUAAACGAGCCUAGUGCGAAAUAUUGCACAGAUCGACUAGUGGUAGGAGGACGGCCGUUGAUGGACUUGGAACUUCAAGGUGAGAAGCGGGUGGUUGAGUGGGAAAAGGUUGAGCAUGGGUUCGGGGUUAUUGAUUCGUGGAUGAAAAAGGAAGAUAAAUUCUUGAUGGGCGAUAGAUUUAUUUUUGCGGACUUGACUAUUGGUGCGUUGGUCCGCCGGGUUCGGCAGCUAUAUGGCGAGGACAGUGAGGAAUGGAGAAGUAUGGAGAAAUGGCAUGGAGGAAGAUGGGCAAGACUGGUCAAAGAACUUGAUGAGUACGCAAUGAUACAUUGA